GGUGUGUUCAUCAUUUUCUGCCACGCAGGCACACAGGAGUCAGCCAACCGCCGUGGAUGGGUGGGAACAUACGGAACAGUCUGAUAGCCACGUAGCUAGCUAACACCGUUAGCUGUGUAGCUAACGUCAGCGAAAGUCACAAUGGACUUGCCACAUCAUGGGUACCGUGCAACUAAACAGAGAGCUCGUGCAGCUCCCGCUGGUGAUUCAGUCCUGUUUGAAGACACCAGCUCAGCAGCACCAGCAAUGAACAAUCAAGUAUACUACACUCCAGGGUACAAUAUGGGACCCCCUUCAAAUGAGAUGCAGGGAGGUGCUGGGAUGGACAAUUUGUUUACUGACCCAAUGGCCAACGCUGCAAUGAUGUACGGCUCUUCACUAGCUAACCAAGGAAAGGACAUGGUGAACAAAGAGAUCAGCAGAUUCAUGGCAGUGAACAAGUUGAAAUACUUCUUCGCCGUUGACACCAGAUAUGUAAUGAAGAAACUAAUGAUCCUCAUGUUCCCCUAUACACAUCAGGACUGGGAAGUUCGUUAUCAUCGGGACACUCCCCUGACUCCUAGACAGGAUGUUAAUGCACCUGAUCUUUACAUACCAACCAUGGCUUUCAUUACCUACAUUUUACUUGCUGGAAUGGCCCUUGGCAUUCAAAAAAGGUUCAGUCCAGAGGUUCUUGGACUGUGUGCCAGCACUGCCCUCGUGUGGAUGAUCAUCGAGGUGUUGGUCAUGUUGUUGAGUUUGUACUUGCUGACAGUACACAGCGACCUCUCAACGUUUGAUCUUAUUGCCUACAGUGGAUACAAAUAUGUCGGGAUGAUCUUCACAGUGAUGAGUGGCUUACUGUUUGGCAGUGAUGGCUAUUAUGUAGCCCUUGCCUGGUCCUCGUGUGCGCUUAUGUUCUUCAUUGUGCGGUCUCUGAAAAUGAAGAUCCUUACAUCUCUCUCCUCGGACUCCAUGGGAACUGGAUCGAGUGCCAAACCUCAAUUCCGCCUUUAUAUCACUGUAGCUACUGCAGUCUUUCAACCCAUCAUCAUUUACUGGUUAACAGCCCACUUGGUCAGGUGACCAAGAGGAAUUUGAUAACCUGAAGUCCAAGAGUGUUGGACCCUAAAAUGUGUUUGUUGCGUGUCUGUACACCUGCCUUUAUAUGCUCUUUUGUCAGUAAUUCAAACACAUAGAGGGUGUUAAAUCGCAGUGUGUGAUGAGCUUGUCAGUUGGACAUGUUCAGAAAUCAACCUUUUCACUGAUUGAACCACAAAGUGUGAAAGAACAAGUCUCAACAGAUGACUUUAUAUUUCACGAGUGUACAAUAACACAAACAAAUGCUUAUUUUUGGCCCCUUAGCUUUGGAAACAAGGGCUGUCAUUGUGAACAUUUUUAAAUCAAAACUCAGAUUCAGUUCAAGUCCCUUUUUUCGAUGAUGUCUGUGGACAGGUUCUCCAGUAUUUACACACCAAUGAAACAGAAAUGUACAUUACUCUGGUGAUUCAAGUGCCACUUUUCUGGUUUGAUAAUGUUUCAUUAUUCCCGUUUCUCUUGUGAGGUCUGGAUUUUAUUUAUCUACAUUUGACAAAGCAUGAACCUGUUUGGAUUUUUUGUAGAAAAAAAUAAAUAUAUUUAGCUUUGUGCA